CACUUUGCAGGCGGCCUCGUUUUACUGUGAUAAAAUGGGCUUCGAGCCUUUCGCCUACAAGGGUCUGGAGACUGGCAGCAGAGAGGUGGUGUCCCAUGCUAUCAGACAGGAUAAGAUAAUAUUUGUGUUUGAAUCUGCUCUAAAUCCUGGAAAUGAAGAGAUGGGAGAAUACUUCGUUAAACACGGAGACGCAGUGAAAGACAUCUCUUUCCUAGUCGAGGACUGUGACUUCUUAAUCAAGACAGCUAAAGAGCGAGGAGCUGUGGUCGUCAGGGAGCCCUGGGUGGAGCAGGACAGCAAUGGGAGGGUCAAGUAUGCUGUGGUUCAGACGUAUGGUGAUACAACACACACACUCAUUGAAUACCUUGGACCCUACAAAGGCCUUUUCCUGCCCGGCUACAGAGAGCCUCUGUUCAGGGACCCUCUGUCCGCCACACUUCCACCAGGAGGUUUGAACUUCAUUGAUCACAUUGUGGGAAACCAGCCAGACGACCAGAUGGUGCCAAUUUCAGACUGGUAUCAGAAAUGUCUGAUGUUCCACCGGUUCUGGUCAAUAGACGACAAGCAGAUACACACACAGUACAGUUCACUGAGGUCCAUAGUGGUGGCCAACUAUGAGGAAACCAUCAAGAUGCCCAUCAAUGAGCCGGCCAUGGGGAAGAAGAAGUCACAGAUUCAGGAAUACGUGGACUAUAACAGUGGAGCAGGUGUUCAGCACAUCGCCCUCAACACGUCAAACAUCAUCCAAGCUAUAGUGAACCUACGAGCCAGAGGGAUGGAGUUCCUCUCAGCACCUGACACGUACUACGAAACCCUGCGGGCGAAACUCAGAAACGCCAAGAUCAAGGUGAAGGAGGACUUAGACCGUUUACAGGAACUAAAAAUCCUAGUUGACUUCGACGACAAGGGCUAUCUCCUCCAAAUCUUCACCAAGCCUGUGCAGGACAGACCGACCCUUUUCCUGGAGGUCAUUCAGCGGAACAACCACUUUGGCUUUGGGGCAGGGAACUUCAAGUCACUCUUUGAGGCCAUUGAGAAGGACCAGGAUGCCCGGGGCAACCUCACUGUGCUGACACCCCAGGGCCAGGCCAAGGCCUUGUACUGAUGCUAACCCUGCUGCUGCCAGACCACACGGAGACUGCCAGAUAUGGAUGUACAUUUCAACAAGGCCAGCAAUAUAUCAAACACAGUCUUCAUGUGACAACUACCAUCAGAUAUGCUCAAAGCUGUCAGUAGAUUCCAUGCUCUAUGGCUAAAUAAAGAAACUCAUGCUUGUGGCUUGCUGUAUGCUUGGGAAACAAGGCUUCAGACGUUAAUGAAAAUACGCUUAUUAUAAUAUCUGCUUUGAAUUAUUGAGAAAAAUGACCCUACUGUUGUGUCUGUAUUGUAAACAGGAUUUAUUAUCAUUUUAUACAACUUCCCUUGUAAAACUUGCUGCUUUAGAGUAGCUGGUGGGGGGGCUUUCUUACAUUUGGAUAGUACCAGGUACCUGCUAGCAGUAGCUUAGUAUUUAUCAUACAGACAUGAGAGUGGUAUCAAUCUUCCUAUUGAACACUCAGAAAGCGAACAAAUCAACAUACUUCUCUUAAUGUCAAAUAAUUACUCUGCUUCAAGUUAAUCAAGUCACAUGUGAAAUUUAUCCAGCCCUGUAAAUUAUGCAUUUGUCUACCAGCUGGCAUUGGACUAUCACAAACAUAGCAAAUGAACUUUUGAUUGUCCAAUAUGCACCGAUAUGAAAACUUACAAAACAACAUACAGAAAAAUAUGCUGUAGGUAAUUUAAGUGGUGAAUAGUGACCAUACCUAAAAAAAAAAAAAAAAAAUCUUCAUACCAAAUUUAGCAAUUCCCUAGUUUCUAUUUGUAGUCCAUGUGCAGGUAAAACUUUGCAAUAUAUAUGUACAGGCAGAGUCUUGUAACAGGUGAACACUGUUUUGUAAGUUGAGUUACAUAAUUUUUCACAUGAUUUUUAAAAAAAUUCUACAGGUGACUUGACGUGACUGACUCGACAUAAUUUCUUGUGUUUUUAAAUGUUUUUGAAUCCUAAAAAUUCAGAUAAUUUCCAGGUUUUCAUUUUAAUAUUAUAUUUGUUUUGAAGUUCUUUGAAUGAUUGAACCCUAUAAUAAACCAUUUAAACUCUGUAAAUUAUAUCCAACAUUCUUCUUCCAAGGUCUGAUAAAAUGGCCCAAUUAUAUUUUAUACUCUGACUGACACUUGUGUGUGAAGUAACUUUGGAUGAACUAUUCCACUGGAGCCCAAACACAACACAUUAGAAAAGAUAAUGGGACACAGGUCUUAUUUCAAAAUAAUUUAUUUGCAUAUACUUGGAAUGAAGACAGGUUGAUACAUCUGUGAUGGCACUGGUCAGUUUCCACAUAGGAACAUUCAGUCUAUACAGAAACCACUCUUUCAAACCUGGACAAAAUGGAUAAAUAUAUUAGUAAAUAAAUAUAUUAGUGACAUGUCACUAUAUUGAAAUGUUCUAUUAUAUAUAAAAUACAACACUAUUUCAUUUCUGUUUUUGUUGUUCUCGUUUUUGUACACAAAGUAUCCAAAAUAUACUGACACAUCCCUUAAAGCUCUGGAGGGAUUUGUUUUUACUCUAUUAGAAAAGGCAGUUUCAGCUCAUUAUUUUUGCAAAACAUAACAAAACAAAGACAUGAACGAUGCAAAGAGCAAGAAUGAAAUUACAUGAGAUAUUCUGCAGCAUCAGUAGAUGCUCAUUUUACUUUGCUGGUGGUUUUGGGAUUGUUUUAAAAUUAAUAUUAGUAGAUUUGUGUUUUCUUUUCUUUUUUUCCCCCCAAUGUAAAAUUUGCUAAAACCAAAGUGCUGCUUGUAAUUCAGUCAUUUUCAUCUCAGAGACUGUUUGGGCAUAAAAAAUAUCGAACAAGGAAACUGGGAUACUUUUGCUAGAGGACGCUGAGUUGAUUCAUUCAGAGUGAGGUAUUAUUUUUAAGAAAAUGGAUACGUUAAGUUCUGUAUGAUUGUCCAAAAAUGAUUUCCACUUCGAUUUUAGCAUGUUCCCUCGUCUCAGUAAAAGUACACUUAAUUCUGAGAUUUCAGGACGGGAAUGAAGCAGGAAAAAAAGGCAUAUCACACACAUACUGUGUUACAAGGCCACUGUGUUGAAGAUUUUGCGUCUUUGGUUAGACAGGUAAGAGCUUAGUGUGUUGGGAGUUUCCCGAUUCAGGAUUACUAACAGUUUGCAAAGAAUAAGGCACAUGGAAGUCUUUAGUAAGUGCUACUGGUUACAUUGCAAAACCCAUGCGUUUUUAGUUUGCUGUUUGUGCUGAGCUAAACUGUAUCUGCAGUCUGACUGCAAAUAAAAAAAA